GUCAAAAGAGCAACCUGCAGAAUCACAUCAUAUAAUGGAAGGAAUUGAAAAUUUUUUUUUUGAAAGUCUACGUAUCAAGCCCUCCUCGUUGGUACUCUCUAAGAUUGGAAACAAUACAGCAUUAAUCGAUGGCGAAGGAAAAUUAAAGAUAUUCAAAGGACCGUUAUUCUCUACAUCGAUCGCAUCACUUUUAAAACAGUUAGUUAUGUUUACUCAAUAA